CCGGUGACUCGCUUGACUUUAAUAUCUGCAACGCAACCCGCACUACUGUAGAACCUCUCUGAUUUUCUCACUUGGGAAGAUUUAGUAGUGGUAUACCCAUCGAGAGCCCAUAUAUAGGAUCGCCGCUGCUACCAAUCUUAGCAGCAGCAGCUACCUUGGCAUACAAAAAUAUUACUAUAAACCUCGAUGGAGAGGGCCACGACAACGUGGUUCCAUGCGCAGGCGGCGGCGGUGGCGGCGGCAGCAGCAGCGGAGGACGACCUAUUGCUGGCGUUGACGCCGGCGGGCAGAAGGCUAGACCGGUACGACGAUCAAGCGCAGACGGUGUGCGUGGACGGCAAGACGGUGCGGCUGUUCCAGUGCCUCUUCUGCGACAAGACGUUCCUCAAGUCGCAGGCACUCGGCGGCCACCAGAACGCGCACCGCAAGGAUCGCCUCGCUGGAGUCCUCGGCGACCCCUACAACAACGACAUCCCGUCGGGAGGUGCCGGCUGGUCCAUGUGCACUUACAUCGCCUCGCACGGCCGUGGCGCCGCCGUGGCUCCAGCCACCGAUGCCUGCACGCAAGAGAGAUGGGGAGGCGGCCGCGCUCCACGCUUCGCGGAGCCCGCGCCGCUCCUGGCCCCGUCCACUGGCCGCGACGGCAUGGGCUGGUCAAGGGCCUCUGGCGCUAGCAGCGCCGGCGAGGCGCUAGACGUCGAGCUGCACCUCUAGCUGCCUUUGAUAUUGCACAGGUGUCGUCGAUGGAAACAUUCAGGAACAAAUAUAAUCGUCUGUGUCGGCGAUCGAACUUGUAUAGCCACGUCGGCUGCUCUCGGUAAAUUUGUGUUCUUGCGUGAUAUUGUAGGCAGCUAGCUGGCAUUGUGGUUUCACCCGUUAAUACAUCUCGUGAUAAAAUAAUUGUUAAUAUUUUUUUGCGAGUCCUCGUACAUCAAUCUGUACCGCAUGUAAUAACGGCUCGACCGUAAUAAUAUCAGUGCACCUGUUGCUUCCCCGUUC